AUGGACUCCACCUCACUGACAUCCCGACCCUUCUCACCGCACAUACGGCGCCGCCGCCCACUGCACCAAGUCCACGCGCUCCCACCUCCCCCACGAAGCUUCCUCCUCCUCCUCCUCUGUUGCGUCAAGCAUAAAGGACUUCACCGUAAUGUCGAAGUCAAAGCAAGCAUUUUUAUUGGCACCGACGACACCACCAACACCACCAGUCCAAGAAACCAGCUCCCGAGAAAUCUCGACACCGCAACCAACCAACCAACCCACCCACCAGACGGCAUCAUGCGCGCCCUGAUGGUGGUGCCGGAGCAGAGGAACGGCCGGCGGCGGCAGCUCGCCGGCGUCCGGGUGGGGCGGUCGCCGGCGGCGGCGUCACCGUCCCGCCCCCGCCGCCGCCGCCGCAAGAGCGGUAGCGGCUCGACGACGGCGGUGCAGCUGGGCCCGUCGAGGUCGCGGACGCGGAGCCGGCGGGAGGGGAAGAGCAGGCGGAUGCUCGCGCGCUCCGCGUCCGAGCCGGCGCUCUGGCUCGGCGACGCGCGCGUCCACGCCGUGCCGCCGCACGCGGUGGAGCAGGAGCUUGACUGCCCGCCGUCCCCGCCGCCGCCGCCGCUCGAGCGCCCGCACACCUGCUUCGACGUCUUUGCCCCCGAGGAGUCGGCCUUCGGUCGAUCCCCCUCCGCCGCCUCCCUCACCAAGCUCUGCUCCGCCCGGGACCGGGAGGAGGCGAAGGUGGUGGUGAGCGUGACGGUGGAGGGGAGUGUCGGCCCGGUGAAGGCCAUGGUCAGGCUGGGCGCCAGCGUCGGGGAGGCCAUUGCUGCCGUGCUCGAGAGGUACGCCAGGGAGGGGAGAAGCCCGCGCCUGGACCCUGCUGCGGCGCAGAGCUUCCAACUUCACCACUCUCAUUUCAGCCUUCAGAGUCUGAACAAAAGUGACAAAAUUGGAGAUGUGGGAGGCAGGAAUUUCUACCUGCACAAGAAUGAUUCAAGUAAUGGGCUUUACCUCCAGGGCCAGGAGCCUCCUGAUGUGAAUUCAAGUUGCAGCGACCUCAGCCAGAACUCCUCUUUAGGACAACCAUCUGGUGGUGCUACAAAGCAGUACCAGGUCCUCACCAUUGUCAUCAGUAAGCUCGACAAAAUUGGCCGGAGGACAAGGCGGAUCUGGAGGUUCAUCACCUGCAACAAUUGUUCAUGACAGCAGCACAAUGCAUGAGCUGCACGCUGUGCAACCAAGAAGUUGUUAGUUAGUUGACCAGUAAAAGGGUGUGGCAUGGAUUCCAGUAAUUCAUUAACUAGUGUGUGGUGUGUAAUCCUAAUUGCUAGCAGUAGUUAACCAUUAUACAUGCCAUAGUGGUUAAACCACAAAAAGGAAACAGUGGGGAUGGCCCCACGAAACAGAGUCAUGGGCACCUAUCGCAGAUUUAAGAUAUGUGUCCAUGCGCAUGUAUGUAUUUAGCAUACGGGACUGCUAUACAAUUCGAAAGUAGUAGUUAGAAAAAAAAAUUACAGCUCUC